CUUUCGUUCUGGCAUGUUCCAAACUGGAGGCUAGCUUGACUGCAGAAAAAUGUGCAAAGAAGCUACAUUCGCGAACAUUCCUGAGCUUCCUCCCUCCUCUCAGCCGGUGGUUCACCAUCGACUGGAGCUGCUUGAUCGCAGCUGGAGCUCGGUGCUGCUUCCUGGGGGCUCGCCAGGACUGCGGUCGCUGGCAGUAAUCACUUCACUCGGCUAAACUAAGUUGACGCUAUGGCGACUUCGUGGAGAGAUGCAUAUUAUGAAAUGGACCAUCUUCCUCCGCUGCUGGAAGAUGAGGAGAACGUUUCUCUUGCAGACAUUCUGUCUUUGCGGGACAGCUGUCUGUCAGAGGAGGACGUGUGGGCAGUGUGUGCAGAGUGUGUUCUGGCCCUGCAGAGUAUUCGGCCCUCCCACCUUUUCCACACACUGUGCAUCACACCAGACACACUGGCCUUCAAUGCUCAUGGGAAUGUUUGUUUUAUGGAGCAGCUCAGCGAUGAUCCAGAAGGGUUAUUUGUACCUCCAGAGUUUGACAGCACAGGCAGUACAUUUGAGGGCCAUGUUUUUUCCCUAGGGUGUACUCUCUCUGCUGCAGUGAACUUUGUCAUUGAACCUGAACUGGAAUCAGAGCUGGAAGAAGAAACUCGAAAACUGCUGGAAAAAAUGCAACAAAAGAAGCCAGAGGAUAGACCACUCAUUCAGGACAUCCUCUCUGUGGCUCAAGCACGGCUGAACCACUGCUCAUCCGCAGCUGUGUGCCGCAAAUUGUCUUCGGUUGGGCGGCGUGUGCUCUCUAUUGAAUCAGUAUCAAAUUGUCAAGAUGGACAGGAAAGCCCCUGGGAGGCAAGAUGGCAGCAUCCCAAACCCAAAAGACUGGGUUCAGAUGAUAUAAGCAAAGAUCUUACUGUGGUCACUUGUAUGAAGGCAAAUGGUUUGUCCAGACAACAGGUGUGUGUGGGCUGGGACUCCUCUCUCUGGGAUGAAGAUGCUGACAGUGCAGACAGAUGCUGCGCUGGUUUGACAGAGGAGCUGGAUUGCCGGUCCCACAACAGCUCCCCAGUGAGAAGGAGAGCCCAACAGAGGUUCAACAGGGUGAGAGGGGCCCUCAAUCGCUCCUGCUCUGUCCCCGACUCCAACAACCCGCCUUGUGCCACUCCUCCACCUCAAGCAAAUAUCAGUGUACCUGUAUCAGACCUAACUGAGAUUGGAGCAGAGGAGCAUUUGUGUUCCAAAUCUAUAUGGAGCAACAAACCCAAAAAAAUAACCAGAGGGAGGUCCUGUGAGUCGUAUCCACGUAGUAGCGCUGAGGAUUGCGUGAGCUCUGUAGCUGACUAUCACAUCAGAUCAAGAAGAAAAAACGAAGAUGCCAUCAAGUCUUCAUGUUAUGGAGAAAGCCAUUUUCCAUACAACAAAUUUAAAGAAGGGAGUCCGAAUUUAACCUCCUCCUGGACACACGUAGACCAUGAGGACGAAAUCUCAAAGAACCACAAGCACUGCGCCACUAAUAACUACAUGACCAAAAGCAUGCUGUUCCUCAAUGAAGAAUGGCAGGACGAGUGGAUCUCACUAAGGGAGUUACUUACUCGUUGUGGACUGAAGCUGAUGGUGAAUGAGCUCUGGGCCCUCUGUUACAUGUGUCUGUCAUCGCUGCAGACCUACAAUGACUUUCCAGCUUAUUUAUCCCUGGACACUGUGCACAUCAGCUGUCAAGGAGAGGUGCUUUUCCUAAGACCUAAAAACUUCGGAUCUCUGGAUGAGUUCUAUCUCGCUCCCGAAUAUCAAGAACAUCGAAUUGUAACUGAGAAGGCUUGCGUUUAUGGGGUAGCUGCUAUCCUGUGGGCCACGGCAAAGUCCAGUUUAUCACCGAGUCAGAAGCUUGCAAUACCUCGCAAACUGAAGAGACUUUUGCUUGAGAUGGCAAAUAGCACACCCAUCGAGAGACCUUCCAUCGCCAUGGCUAAAAAGAGCUGCUGCAACUACCUCUCGUGUCAAGGGACAAAUGCUGAGGAUGUGUGGAAACAGCUCAUCAGCAGAGUUCACCUGCCAGUCUCAAGACACACUGAUGGAGAAGAUUUGGGUGCAAAUGAUACGAGACAAACAUUGUAUAAUGAGACUCUACAUGUCAGCAAUGGAAAAGGUCUCAUCACCUCAUGCCUGCUGGUGCGGGAUUUAAUGGAACUGAAGCGUCUCCUGGAGGGCAACAGUUUGAGCAGUGACUGUGCAGGGUGUGAGGGGUCACCAGUGAUAGCCUUUAACCUCCUGAAGCAACAGGAUGUGGCCAGGUGUUCCAGGGCAGUAUGUUAUUACACUCUCUACCGACGAUCGGUAGAAGGCCAACAGCAGCUUCUGGUCCAGGUCGUUCUUCCAGAGAAUGCGCAGGAAGUGAAGCCGUUGCUGAGCCUUCCUCACCAGGGCCUUGAUGUUAGUGGACCAAGAAUGGUCGGCAGAGAUGUGCAGGCCCAGGAACUUGAAGGAGGAAACAACUUCCACCUAAUUUAUUGUACACUCAUGCCCACUGAGAUGACAACCUCAUACCCCUUUCAGCUAUUGGGGCAACCCAACGAUGGGCUUCCAGAGACCUUUCCUUCGACAGCCACACACUUCACCCCCAUCAUACUGACCAAUGAAGGGGAAAAGAGAUGUAAUACUGGAGCUGCCAUUAACAGAGCCUGUUUAUGGCCACCAAACAUGAGGAAAAUCAUAAUCUCCCUCACAUACCGUGGAGUCACCGCCCCCAGUGCCAGUGUUUUGCUUUUUUCCACCACUCAUAUGAUUCAAUCAGCUCUCUUUGUUCUCUUCACUGACCCAUCUCUCCGCGCUCUCCUACUGAGCACAGACAUGGACGGUUUGGACGCGGGAAUCACUGAGGGAGGAGACCACUCAGCUGGGGCCAGCGAUGAAAGUCCCUAUAAAGCUGAGUGUCGGUCCCAAAUAGAGAAAAGGUUGCCUGAUAUCUAUGAGAAGCAGAUGAGUCCAGACUGCUUAGAGAAGCUGGAGGACGCCGAUUCUCUCAUAUCAGAGCAACUCUUCUCAUAUGGACCCAGAGGAGAUGAACCAGACCUGUACUUGAGGCCCAUUUGGGCCUUGGCUUUCUUUGGAGAGGACUGUUUUAAACCAGAGGUAAUCCAGUAUGCUUUGAGUCUUGGGCGGUACGCAGCAUCACCAUGUCUGGAUGUGAAAGCACAGGAGCUUCAACAGCAGCUGACGAUUGAGACAAAGACGCUGAAGAAAACAUGGAAUUUCUAUCAAAAACUAAUUCAGCAUGAGAGAAUAAAUAAAGGUUCGGAGAACAAAGUGAUGGUGUCCAAACUCAAGUCCCAGUUUGAAGAACUGAGAUCUAAAGUGAUCUUCUUGGAUGAUGUCAAGAAAUACCUUGAGACACAGAUUGUGGAUCAGUGGGGUUUAGACAUGUCAUUACUGCCGUCUUUGGCCACUUGUGAGCGGAACACUUUGACUCUCCAAGGCUCUGAGGACGCUUCCAUCUUGAGCUUUGUAACUUGCAAAGGAAAAAGAAAUCUGCAAGCUGGAACGCCUAUCGGUCUCAUGGCAUACCUUUAUGCAAGAAAUGCUGCUUUGGAGGGGUACAUCCAACAGUUCCUGUAUACUUAUCGCUUUUUUUGCACUCCGGAGCAGUUACUGCAGUUUCUUAUGGAGAAAUUCAUCAGUGCUGUGAGAGAAGGUCCAGACAGGUCGGAAAAUAGCACAAAUGUCUUUCAUCGCAGUUUGGAUCUGCUGCACUUGUGGAUUAUGGAUUGUAAACUCAUCGACUUCACACCAAAGUCCAGCAUUGUGGAUGUUUUGGAAAAGUUCCUGCAUAAUGAGGUAAUUCCUGUGGAUAGUCAAGGGGAGGUCCUUCUUGCUGCUCUUCACAGUCCUCCAAAUACUAUUUGGAGCACAAGGAGAGGGAGUCAUUUCGGAUAUGACGCAGAUGGUCAGUCUGUUUGUAUCCAGUCAUAUACAGAGGAUCUUGAUAAAAAGUGGAGAAUCUCAACAGCAUCCAUGCCAAAAGAGAAGGCCUUCUCCAUAGCUGCAGCCCUGCCUGUGCCUUGCUACAGCUCCGUGGUGGAAGAUCCUUCCAGCAUUUGUGUGUGCCACGACGAGCAUCUCCCCUUCAGCCAGAAACAUUAUAUUAUCCAGCAUGUAGCCCAGCAACUCACCCUUCUGCAGCAGGACAUUUUCCAAAGAUGUCAUCCCGUUCAUUUCCUCAAUUCAAGAAUAAGCGGAAUCAGGGACAAACCGUCAAUGCAGACAGAUAAUGGGUCCCCGCAAAUCACAUCAGCAAAGAGCACACAUGAGGGCAUGCCGCCAGAGUCCUCCCUCCAGCAACUGCUCCUUUAUGCUGACAGAGUUACAAAGUGGAUUGCUGGUGAAAUAGUUAGCUGUGAAUCAGUCAAGACACAAGCUGCCUUGCUGACAAAGUAUCUGUGGAUUGGGAAACAUUCUUACGAAUCCAGGAAUUUUGCCACAGCCAUGCAGGUCCUUGGAGGUCUGGAGAACAUGAUUGUCAGGCAAUUACCAGCUUGGAAACAUCUCUCAUCGAAGAUGUUUGAGAUCCUUGAUGAACUGCGAGCCGUGCAGGUGUUUUUGAAGAGUGACGACUUGUGUCUGAUGGGGGCAGAACACACGAGGAGAAGACCCACCCUGCCAUCAGCACGCAUACUGGCCAUGCAUAUCCAACAGCGAGAGAUCGGAGCCUUCAUGCUCACAAAUGGAUCUUACAAGUGGACCAAGCUUAGGAGCAUAGCAAAGGUGGUGAGCCAGAUCCACGCCUUCCAGGAGGUCCCAUUCACCUAUAGCCCGGAUCAGGACCUGCAGGCCUACCUUCGCUGCCGCAUCACCCGGCUCGGCACCUCUGACAUACACCUCCUGGCCGCCGACAGUGAUUCUAACUUUGAACAGUCCACUGAGCGUCAAACUAGGAAGGUUCAAGACACUCUGAAAAGGGUUAAAGCCUCUCUCCAGUGAGUCCUACCUUGGUCUUGCCUCUUGGUCCCAUUCAGCGACCCAUGUCUGAACCACUGCACUGAAUUCUGUUUUUUGUUGUGGCAGCAGAGUGUGAAACUUCUUAGUUACUUUAUUAUGCUAAUUUAAACCUCAUAUCAUGCAAGGACAUUUUCUUAAUUUACACGUUUAAUGUUCAAGUGCAUUCAUAUGUAAUCGGAACAUAGCAGCAAUUCUGUGAGUACAGAAAAUAUUUAUGAAAGAUGACCAAUUUACGCCGACAGAACCACCCUGGUUAUGAAGUGUUUUGUUUAUAGUUAUAGUACUCUUGUGUGUCAUGUACAGGAAGAAUUUGGAAACACCCCACCUACAUGGUGGACAUGCUGCCAUAUUUUGCCAUAAACUAAUUUUUAUAUAUAUUAUAUAUCAUGUUUUCUUCAUAAUGUUGUCAAAACUAGUAUUUAUAUGUGGACAGAGGCAAAAAUGCAUAUUUCCAAGAAAUGAAGUCCAUCCAUUUUCUAUACCGCUCGACCUCAUUAGGGUCCACGGGUGAGCUGGAGCCUAUCCCAGCGAGAGGCAAGGUACACCAAAAAGGUAACGAUGAGCUUUUAUUGUGAACUCGGUGCAAUAACUUCACAUUUCCGAUGGGUCCAGACUUUAGCGACACCCUUUUUGCCUGCUGUUUAAGAAACAAAGGUGGUCAUAAGACCAUCAUAUGUUAGUGUGCAUGAUUUAUUGCUUUUUGUUUUUGCUUGCGGGCAGUAUAAAGAAUAAGCUUUUCAUUAUUGAAUUGGUCAUUCUUUUCUAUCAAACAAUGAUAUAUGAUGAUAGAAUGAAUGAAUAGCAAACCAACAGUUUAGCUGUAACAAGAAGCCUUACUAUCACAUAGCAAGAUUAAAACAGAGUGGCAUGUCAGUUUGAGGGAUGAUAAGUGUAUUUUUCUACUUUCCUGUCCGCUUUCUCCACUGAAAGCCUCAGUGGUAAAACACAGUGGGGAAACAGUACAGCAGGGGUGUCCGAAUCUUUUCCCCCCAAGGCCACAUACUGAAAAUGAAAGGAUGCAAGGGCCACUUUGAUAUUUUUGUAAAGAUAUGCUAAGAAGGUAUAUACAUAUCCAAGAAAAAAAAUGCAUCUCAGCUUUGUGAUAUAGUGUAGAUAAAAAAGCUAAUUAUUUUUAUGAACUACAGUGUUUGAUCUUUGUCUCCCAUUUUUGCUUUUGUUUUGGUUUUCACUUUUCCAAAUACGGUAUUUCCAAGUUUUUUCUUAAAUAAUCUUUGCAAAAAUUUUGGGGGGAAAUAUUUGACUUUAUUCCCAUAAUAUUUUGACUUUAUUCCCAUAAUAUAACUUUUUCCACAACCAAAAUUUUUUUUUUUAAGUACAACGUUGUUUUGUUUUGUUUCUUAUAACAUUACGUUUUCUUAAUAGUUCACCUCAAUGCUACUAAAAUGAUAUUUUUCACCAUAAUAUUGCAAGUUUAUUCUCAUAAAAUUGACUUCUCAUAACAUUAUAGCUUUUUCCAUAACCUAAUUUCCCACAAAUUACAACUUUAUUCAUUGUUUGUUUUUUAUAAUAUAGCGACUUUAAAAAAAAGAUUUUUUUUUUAUAUUUCAACUUAAUGCUAGUAAAAUGACGUUAUUUUUGUUAAUAAUAUGACAUUAUUCUCAUAAAAUUACAACUUCAUCUCAUUAGAUUACAACUUUUUUCUAUAUUUCGCUUUAUUCUUGUAAAGGUAUUGCACAUUUUUUGCUGUUUUUUUUUCUUUAAGGUUUCUUGCUAAAUUUUAUUUAUCAUUUAUAACAGCCACAGGCAGCAAAUGUCCCCUGGGCCGCACUUUGGACACCUGCAAGUAGACUGUGACAUGCCAUCAGGCCAAGUAGGAGCCGCCAAAUCACAACCAAUAUAACAAGGAUGCAGGGCAUUCGGUUAGGAUACAUUCCAUCUAUAGCACAGGUGUCAAACUCAAGGCCCGGGGACCAGAUGUGGCCCGCGAAAGCCUGGGAAUAAUCUGUCUUUCAUACAGUUCCCCUUUUUCCUUCUAAAUGUAUUUCUUCUUUCAUUUUGACAGAAAAAAAUUGUACUGCGUGCGGUUAUUCUAAGCUUUAAUGUUAUCUGAUCAUGCGACAAGAUAUUCCAAGCAUUUUUUGUUAUCAAAAAUAAAUACUUGAAUGUCUGCUUGUCACCUUGACGUUCUCACGUCACUUCUCAUUUCAAAGCAAGUUAUCCAUCAGUGUGUUAGUAAAAAUAUAAUCAUCAAAUACAUGGGCAAUUGUGUAAGUAGUAGUAGUAGUAGUAGUAGUACUUUAUUAAUCCCACAGCAGGGAAAUUCAUCUGUUACAGCAGCAAGCAAGAUACACAAGUAAAGAAUGCAUAGUGACAUAGUGAAUACAAAAUGGUUCAGGUGUUGUAGAGCCUGAUAGCGGUCGGUAUGAAGGACCUGCGGAACCUCUCCUUCUUACACCGUGGGUGUAACAGUCUGCUGCUGAAGGAGCUGCCCAGGGAAACAAUAAUAUAUAUAAUAUAUAUAAUAAUAAUAUAAGACUAUAUUCUUAUACAGUUACAAGUGGCCUUCAAUGAAAACGAGUUUGGCACCCCUGCUCUAUAGGAAGUAUGUUAGGGUAGGUUUCCUUUCUCCCAUGUACUCCUUGUACUGGUUUACAGCAAUGAUGGCUUGAUAUGAUUUUAUGGCUGUCAGUUUAGUUUGCACCACAAAGUGUCUGCUAGCAAAAGUAGCCACAGUAUGCUGUACAAUGUUAUGAGUGCAUGUAGUAGUUUAAUGAUCUCUAAUGCAAUAGCUGUCUUUAGGAUAUUAUUAUUGUUCAGUUGACUUUGACACCGUCAGGGAGUCAUAAUAUCAUUUUAUCAAGUAUGCAGUCUGGGCGAUACAAAUAUGCAUGCAACAUAAUGAUGUUGGCUUUUAUAAGUCAGGCGGGUAAAUAUGACACAAAUAAUGCGGCUCAGCAAAAAGGUGACUUAUUUAUGAGAGAAAACAUUAGAAGACAAUCAGGCAACAUUCCCAGACAGCCUGUCAGUCAGCGAUGAGGAAAUAAGCGCAGCGUGAAGCCGACGUCAGGGGAGCUCUUUUUUUAUGAUUGUUAUCUAACAGAAUCAAUGAGUAUCUUCAAAGCUGCAGAGAUAAAUAGCCUAAAAAUUCCAAAGGGACUCUCGGCCCCUCAGAGACAGAUGAUCGAUAAAGGAGAAGACCAGAGCCGUCCUCUUAUCUGCAUUGUCGUAAAACUAAGCGAUCACUUUAGUGGCAUUGUCCUCCAGCUGCGCCAUGCAGGGACCUCACAUGGGGUCUGUCUGCGUCCACGGCGGGUGUCUUGGCACCUAAACGCACACGACGAGAUCAUGUUAACAGAUAAAACACAAUAACAUUUUAGAAUGAGAAAAUGUGCUCUAAAUUGACCUUUACACGCACAGCGACUUCUGAUUUAAUUGAAGGAUUAUUUCACUCCUUUCUGUCUGCGCAUUCAAACCUGGCUUCCUCGCAGCUUGUUUUAUCAUAUUUGCAUUAGAAUGCGCCACAAUCAACUGUAAUUGUGUCGCUACUGUAACACCUUUGAUCUGCAACGUUUGAAAACGCCUGUGCCAAAAGCAUGUUGAUGGCUCUCUGGCGCCAUGGCGCACCAGGAUAUCACAGACAUGUCAAUGCAAGAUCACGGCGGCUGGCUUGAAGACAUGCAACAAGCAAAAUAAAUGCACUGGUAUACUUUCUCAAGCCUGAAUCCUGACAUUUUCAUUAUUGUCAUGCCUGUAAGAGUCUAAUGGGUUCUACAUGUACUGUAAGCUUUUUGUAUUCUUGGCACUUUGACAGCUUGUCAACGUAUUUUGUCCGUAAAAAAGUACCAAGCACACUGCAGUCCAAUCACCAAUCCUAGUAAUUAAGUUAGUAAUUAAUAUAGUACAACAGUGGUGUCCAAAGUGCGGCCCCGGGGCCAUGUUGUUCGUGGCACAUUCUAAAAAAGCAGAAAACUAAAAAAUAGAAGGGAAAAAAGGCUCAUGUAAAGAGACAGAGGUUAAAUGUGAAUACUAAUAACACUAAAAAUAAUACGCUUGCCAGUUGCAGUUUUUUCUUUACAUAGGCUGGUUAUAUAGCCUCUUCAACUGGUGGCCCAAGGGGUCAAAUGCAGCCCGUGAGUGACAUCAGCCCGGCCUCACUUCAAAACUUUGCAGAGACUUAACAUUUUUGCAGCAGAUUCCUAAAAACAGCAGAGCAUUCUUGUCAUACAGAAGAACUCGGACUGGCUUUUUUUGCACUAUGUUCUUAAAAACAGCUCCUGAGUGCUCCUGUCAUAUAUACUGUAGAGGAUCUUCGACCUGCAUUAACAUUGUCUGUUUUAAUUUAUGAUUUUUUUUUUUUACUUCUGAUACUCAUGUGUGACUAUAUUAGCUAUUUGUGGAAGUAAAAGUGUAACGUGAAAGUAAAAAUAUUAAAGUAUUACUUUUAGCAUUUUUAGCAGGAACCAUGUGAUUUUUUCCUAGUCAAUCUCAGAAGAAAGUUAUAUAGAAGUUCCAUCACAUUUACAUUUGCACCAUCCAACAUGACAGAAAAGGAGCAGGAAGAAGCAGAGCUUGAUUAAUCCCACUCCUUUUCUGUGUUUAUUACUGA